AUGUCAUCUGUGGUACAAAAUUCUUUUCCAAUGAAUAUUAUUUUCGAUAUUCCUCCUGAAUAUCUUGAAAAUGGGAAAACAUUAUUAAUUGAAAAACAUGACGAAAUUUAUGUUGAUGGUUGUCAUUUAUCUAAACCACCACGAUUUAUUCGAUUACUUCAUGGAUUAUGUUUAAUUGAUACGCAACAACAAGAUCUUCGAUUAGUUAAUUAUACUCAUCAAUUAGAAUCGACUAUUAACGAUAAUCAAUUUGUUCAAAUUGUUAUUCAAUUUCCUGGAAAAUAUUUCGAUAAUGGAAAAAGUAUUACAAUUGGAAAAAGCAAUUCAAAUGAUGAAAAAACAAUUUCAGGAAAUUAUAAAGAUCUUUAUAAUGAUUGUUUAGAGAAAAAAGAUGUUCAUAUUGAAAUUCCGAUUGAAUUUCUUCAACGAGGAAUCACAAUUGUCGUUGAAAAAGAAAAUAUUUUUAUUAAAAAAAGUCUUGAUUAUCAUAAAGAACAAUCACAUCAUUUAUCAAAUAAUCAAUUUACUAAACGAGAUCAUCUUCAAACCAAAAAUCUGAUGGAAAUAACAAUAGAAGUUGCACCUGAAAUAUUUCAUAAUGGUCAAACAAUAACAUUUCGAAAAGAAGAUUUGGAAACUAUCAUUGCGAAUUUUCCUUAUCGUCGUCAAUCCAAAGUUGAUAUCAACAAUUAA